AUGGCUUUGGAUGCCUCGUUCGUGCUUGAGUGCUUGCAGUUCUACGUCAAACAAGCGGACCAGUCUUCCAAGGAAGUGUCAUCCGAGGUAAAGCGACUGACCAGAGUGUUAGAUCCAUCGGGCAGGAGCGCUACUCACAAUGCAAUUAUGAGAGAUUUGAUGAUGCUGGAGAAUCAGGUACCGCUGUUCCUCUUGCAGAAGUUGUUGCAGAUGCAGUCAGGCUCUAUUGACAAGGCAGAAGAAAGGCUCUGCAACGUGGUCGGUGCUGCCUGUGAAGAAUUAUCGCCGUUCAUGUUCAAGAUGCCAGAUAGUUCACGGUUGCCUGUAAAAGAGAGGGGUCAUGUACUGGAGGUGCUCCAUUACUCCGUUGUCCCUACAGAGGCCAUGGGCGACGGCAAUAAAGAGGACGAUGAGACUAAAAAGGAGUGGUUGCUGGAUACGAGCUUCGUAAGACAAACUCUAAAUUCGGCAUGGACUGCUGUUUCCUCGUUAAACGUCGGUCCUGUUCGAAGUCUUACGGCACUGCUCAAGCGUCUGUUCAAAGGAAGGAUCGUCAAGUUUGUGGUCAAGCUACCCAUGCGCCUUCUUUUUUGUCUAGGAAAUUUGAAAAUUCUGCGCGUUUUCAAGGGGCCGUCAACUCUUCUCUUCGGAUCCGACAAGGAAGAGAAAGAGAAACAUGGGGAAGGAGAUGAAAAAGGAGAAGAAGCAGGAGAAGGAGGAGGUUCGUCUGUGGAAAUUCCCCCUACACGGGACGAACUCAAGGUUCCCUCUGUGGCCGACUUAUAUUCAGCUUGGGUGAAAUUCCUUCCCACUGACGGAGACCUCACCACAAUACGCUUCGAUACAACAACGGCCACAAUUUAUCUCCCAAAAGUGAGGUUGGACGCCAAUUCAGAAGUGGUUCUCAGAAAUCUGGUGGCGUUUGAAGCUUCGGCGGCGCCUGGUGCGUUGAUCUUCACUCGCUACACUGAUUUCAUGAACGGCAUCAUCGACACAGACGAAGAUGUUCGGUUGCUGAGGAAGAGCGGGAUUAUCUACAAUCACCUGGCAAACGAUGGGAAAGUGGCAAGCCUGUGGAACGGCAUGGGUAAAUGUGUGAAGCUCACAAAAGUCAACUAUUUAGACAAAGUAAUAGGGGACGUGAACAAGCAUUACAACAGGAGAUGGAGCGUUGCGCUGAUGGAGUACGUGAACAAAUACAUGUUUGGUUCAUCGCAGUUUCUUACUGUGGUGGCUGCGGGGAUUCUUUUGCUUCUCACCUGUUUGCAAGCUUUCUGCUCUGUGUAUGACUGUAAGCAGUGGUGGACGGAGACAAACCUUCUGCAGGAUUAA